AUGUGUGGCAUCAUUGCUCUGAUCCAGGCGAACCCCUCGUCGGCCGCCGCCAUCGAUCUCCACGAGGCACUCUACCUCCUCCAGCACCGUGGUCAGGAUGCCGCCGGAAUCGCAACCUGUGCCUCUGGGGGUCGCAUCUACCAGCUCAAGGCCAACGGCAUGGCUGCCAAGGUCUUCCAGGAUGGUGCCAAGGUGGCCAAUCUGCCCGGCUCGAUGGGUAUCGCACACCUGCGAUACCCGACCGCCGGCAGCAGUGCCAAUGCUGAAGCGCAGCCGUUUUACGUGAACAGCCCGUACGGCAUCUGCUUUGCCCACAACGGCAAUCUGAUCAAUGCCCCCGAGUUGAAGAAAUACCUCGACCUUGAGGCACACCGUCACAUCAACACCGACAGCGACAGCGAGUUGAUGCUGAACAUCUUCGCGGAUGAGCUGAGCGAGACCAAGAAGGCCCGGGUCAACAAGGAAGACCUCUUCGCCAGUCUUAGCCGCAUGUACACACGUUGCGAAGGUGGCUGGGCUUGCACUGCCAUGCUGGCCGGCUUUGGUGUUCUUGGCUUCCGUGACUCGUACGGCAUUCGGCCAUUGGUCUUGGGCUCCCGUCAGUCCCUGGAUGGCCCCGGUAUGGACUACAUGAUGGCCUCCGAAUCCGUCGCUCUGGACCAGCUGGGCUUCGGCAACCACCGCGACAUCCAGCCUGGAGAGGCAGUCAUCAUCGAGAAGGGUGGCCAGCCUGUCUUCCAGCAGGUUGCCCCCAAGAAGGACUAUGCCCCCGAUAUUUUCGAAUACGUCUACUUCGCCCGCCCAGACUCGGUCAUGGACGGUAUCAGCGUGUACCGCACCCGGCAGCGCAUGGGCGACCGCUUAGGAGCGCGCAUUUUGGAUGUUCUGGGCCCCGAGGUCGUCAAGGAUAUCGACGUCGUGAUCCCCAUCCCUGAAACCUCCACCACAUCCGCGACCAAUGUGGCGCAGUACCUGGACAAGCCAUACUGCCACGCAUUUGUCAAGAACCGCUAUGUCUUCCGAACCUUCAUCAUGCCUGAACAGAAGACUCGGCAAAAGGGCGUCCGCCGCAAGCUGAACGCCAUGAAAGCCGAGUUCAAAGACCGUAACGUGCUGCUGGUGGAUGACAGUAUCGUGCGCGGUACCACCAGUCGGGAAAUCGUCAGCAUGGCCCGGGAAGCCGGUGCAAAGAAGGUGUAUUUUGCAAGCUGUGCGCCGGAAAUCACCCACGCCCACAUCUACGGCAUCGACCUGGCGUCGCCCCAAGAGCUGGUCGCCCACAACCGGACUGCGGAUACCAUUGCCUCACAUAUCGGUGCCGACAGCGUCAUCUUCCAAACCCUAGAAGACCUCAAGGAUGCCUGUGCCGAGAUCACGCGCGAGAACGGCCUGCAAGAACCCGUGAACUUCGAGGUCGGUGUCUUCUGCGGCAGCUACGUGACCCCCGUGCGGGACGGCUACUUUGAGCACCUGGAAGCCCUCCGUGGCGAGGGCCGCAAAAUCAAGGCUCUCGACAAAGCCAAGGAUGCUGUGGCCCAUGGCUUCGCAAGCACGACUGACUUUGAGAUCGCUGCGAAUGGAGUCGCUAUGGAUACCAAUGGCAAGAUCGUGCCGGCCUCAAUGAUGGGAUCCACCGUGUCGAAUGGCUCCAACGAUACCAUUGGCACCGAGGAGGACCCCAAGAUCGCUGACCGCAUGGAUAUCAGCAUUCACAACAUUGCUGAUCAUCCAUAA